UCAUCAAUCGACAAUCAGUCUUCCUCUUCAUUCAUUCAUUAUCAUCUUCUUCAAUCAUCCGUCAAGACUCCAGUCACUUGAGGCUUAAGUUAACCCAUCCCUCCAGACACCAAAAAACGAAGCUUCACAGGUUCAAUCUCUCUCCUUCCUUCAUUUUGAUUCCGCGCGAGUCCAAUUUUUCGGUGCGAUCCACUUGUUUCAACUUCCUCACUUGCGAGAAUUUUAGCGGAUACCCUCCGACGCUGGUUUCGUCCUCAUCUAUCGCUAUUCGACGCUUCUUUUUGUGGGUCUUUGCUACAUACCAAAGCCCCUCCUCCCGAUUUCUUUUCAAGGUUUUGGUGUGCCUUUUCCCGGCUUAAUUUCAUCGGCGUCCUAGCUUGUGAGAUCUGCGCCCGGUUUAGAUCGGCUAACAAACUUACCUGGAACCUUACCUUGUUUUGUCCGUACAUUUUGAUUCUGCUAGAAUUGAUUAGCUUCGAAAGUAUCGUCACUCAGAAGCAUGCUCCUGUGUGUUUUACUGCCUGAAUUUGGAUGCUCACUGAUAUCGAUUGGACUGAUGGUCUCUGUUCUCACUGGUGAGCUUGUUUGGAUUGCGGGGUUUGGCAGAAGUCCCUGAAUUGAAUUGGGUUCUUGCUAAUUUUGUUAAUUCUUUAGUUUUUGUUCAGGGCUCAAUUUUCACUUCGUGAAGUUGGGUUCUUUUUGUUGGUUUGGCAGGGGAUUGAUGCUUCUUGAAGGAAGGAUUUGAAAAUGAGUGGUAGGGGUUUGAUCUAUAGCUUUGUGGCCAGGGGAACUGUUGUGUUGGCGGAGCACACAUCUUACUCCGGGAACUUUAGCACCAUAGCUGUUCAGUGCUUACAGAAACUUCCUCCAAAUAGCAGCAAGUACACUUAUUCAUGUGACGGCCACACUUUUAAUUUCCUCAAGGACGAUGCAUUUGUGUUUCUGGUGGUUGCAGAUGAGACGGUGGGCAGGGCAGUGCCCUUUGUGUUUUUGGACCGUGUGAAGGACGAUUUCAAGCAGCGCUAUGCAGGAAAUAUAAAAAAUGAGGAACACCCUCUCGUUGAUGAUGACGACGACGACUUGUUCGAAGAUCGAUUUAGCAUUGCUUACAAUCUUGAUAGAGACUUUGGGCCAAGGCUUAAAGAGCACAUGCAGUACUGCAUAGAACAUCCUGAAGAGAUCAGUAAGCUGUCCAAAUUGAAAGCUCAAAUCACUGAGGUCAAGGGAAUUAUGAUGGACAACAUUGAGAAGGUAACUAUCUAGCUCGUUUGUGGGUAGUGACCUUGAAUCAUUCAUGUUUGAAUUACUUGCUUCAGAUUAUUUUUUUUAUAGUUCACUAAUGUUCUUUUGACGGAACUGGUAUGUGUGUGUAUAUGCCAUUUUUUUUUGUGUCAGAUGAGAUGCCUGUAUGCAGACAAGGUGUAAGGUUAUGGAUUGAUCAUACCUUCUUGGAAUAGUAUCUGCAAUUCAAUUGGUUUCCUCUUCCAGAAUUUAAACCUUAUGUUGCCUGAAGUGGCACUGGUUUGCUGUAGUUACAUUACAACUGAUAAUUAGGUGAAGACUAUAGCAUGCUGUUGCUGCAUAUAUGCCCUGAAACCCACAAAAAAAUGAAACUUGCAAACCAUUGACCAAGAUUCAAGUUGUUAUCGGAAAUGAGAGUGUUAUGAAUUUAGCUAGUAGUUAUGCUUAGCAAUCCAAGUGUCAUAAUUCUCGUGAACGUCUACUGGUCCAUGAUUGGCAAGGAUUAAAAAGAGCUUUGACGUUCUUGAUCAACUGCCAUGCGGUGUGAAGAAGGAAUAAGCAAUGCUGAAAUAGGUGAGAGAAUCGAAGGAGAAGGCCUAGAAGAAAAUUAGAUGCCAAACUGUGUUCAAUGUAAAUCAUAUAUGUAGUAUCUAUCCUGUGUCCAUGUAGUUAGAUUGUCCUUCAAGGCUGCAGACAGCUCCAUUUUGACCUUGUGCAGCCGAAGAAAUGUGCAGUAUUCUGUGACUGAACGAAAACAUGUAGCUAAGAAUUUGACAUGCUGACUUGGCAGGUGUUGGAUCGUGGAGAGAGGAUCGAGCUCCUGGUUGAUAAAACAGAGAAUCUGCAGUUUCAGGCGGACAGCUUCCAAAGACAAGGAAGGCAGUUGCGGCGGAAGAUGUGGUUGCAGAAUCUCCAAAUGAAGUUGAUGAUCUUGGGUGGAAUACUCAUCCUAGUUGUAAUACUGUGGCUCCUCGCUUGCCGUGGUUUCAAAUGUUAGUUGUUACCCAGCGAAACUGUAGAUGUACUCACUCUCACUGUAAUCUUUCUCUGAUACUUCAUUGUUACUCUGUUUCUUUUCUUUGUACCUUCAGUUUUUCCCCUGUCUGUAAAAAGUUAAAACAUAACUGGUUCGAGGACCGGGCCAGCUAUGGAUAUCAGGAUUGCGUCUUAUUGCUAGUUCAGAUGUUUCGAUUCCAACUCUCUACUUACUAAUACCUUAAGGGUGUUAACGGGUCGAUUAGUGGUUAACCA